AUGCUUGAAGAUCACUUAGUUGAAGCAUUGAAUUUAUUGAAAAAAUAACCAAAACAUAGAUGCAAAGUUGAAAUUGAUCUAUUAGUUCACUUUACAUAAGAACUUCCUUUUUUUAAAUAAUAUUACAAUUAAGAGAAUGGAUUGACAAUUCAUCGUGAAUGUUGUAAACACAUGUUUUUAGAGCGGUUCUAAGCAACCGAUAUUGUUUUUCAUGUUGGUAUGGAGACUCAAUUAAUAAUACAGAUUCGAUUGGCACAAAAUUUUAUGUGAUUCUUGAUGGUCAUGUAGAAGUAUUGAUUAAGAGAAGAGGUUAUGAUGAAUUAGAAUCUGUAAGAAUUCUGAGACAAGGAGAAUCAUUUGGAGAAUUAGCUCUUAUUCAUAGAUAACCAAGAUUAGCUACUAUUCGUUGUGUAAAUAAUUGUUACUUUGCUGUUCUUGAUAAACAGUAGUUUCAAUAUAUUUUGCAUUAUGAGUAAACAAAAAAGAUCGAAUAAGUAAAAAUAAUAAUAAUUAUUAUUCAGAAUAUAGAUUAUUUUGCUUAGAUUUCAAUAUUUAAUCAACUAAAUAGAACUUAAUUAACUUAGAUUUAUUUGAAUUCAUUUCUAUAUGAAUAUGAAAAAAAUUAGAUUGUAUUGUAAGAAGGAGAUAAAUCAGAUAGCUUCCUUAUUGUAAAAGCUGGCUUAUUUUAAGUACGUAAAUAAAUGAAUAAAUCUCAUCCUUUAAUUGUAAUUAAUAUCCACUUCAUUUUAGUUAUUUGAGAUUGGAGAAUUACAAGUAUUUGGGUUUUAUCAUCUCUUUAAUAAAAUUCCAUACGAAUACUAGAUUAUUUGUCAUAGUCCUAAGGGACAAAUCUACAAAAUACACAGAACAUCUUUGAUUGAAAAAAUAUUCGAAGGACAUACAGAGGAUUUGGAAAAACAUAUGUAAGAAAUUAAUUGUUAUGUCAAUUUUAAAGUUCAUUAAGAAUAAAAUACUCAUCUUAAGUAUCCUAGAUAUUUUCAAAUAAAAACUUAAUGUGACUAGGAUAAUGAGAUUUAGGAAGAAUGUAUAAAAAGUUGUAGAAAUAAAGAAUCUAAAAAUUAAAAUUAUAAAAGUAGAAAUUAAUUGAUCAAAUAAAAAAUGGAUACAAUGAUAGAGCAAUCCAAAAGAAAAUUAGGAUUAACAUCUACUAUCCCUAAAUUUAAUAGUUUAUUCUAAAUUUUCCUUAAGUCUCAUAGAGGAUUAAAAGACAGUCAAAGAUAAAAUAUUUCAUCCUUGAAAGAUACUAUAACUAGAUAAUUCGGAAGUAGUAGUCACUUUUAUCAUAAUGAUGAUCAGCCAAAUAAUCCUUUUAUAACUUUUAGAAGCAGUAGUCCAGCUAUGAAAAAUUAAGGAAAAUAAUUCCUAACUCUUAAAACAUAUAACAGUUAGAGAACAAUAGUUAAAUCAAAUCAACAUUAUAAUUAAAAUUUCCAAUUUUAGGAUAACAAUAAUUCAAAGCACUUUUAAACAUAGAAAAAUUAUAUAUCCUUAAGUCCAAAUGUUAUGAAACUUAAAGUAUAUAAACAUUGA